CUUCAACAAAGGCCGCACCUUUCUCUGUUUCUCUUUUAAAUCAGACACCCUUCUUAAACCCUAAUCCAUGCCUCUUUUAUUGAACUCUACUCCGUUCCACCUUUCAAGUCUCAUUUUUAUUUAGUUUAACAGUUUGUUGAGUACAUAUCUCACCGGGUCUAAUGGCUGCUAAUACUGAUCUACCCCCAGGCGUGGACAAAGAGCAGGUUUUUGGCAUGCUAGCUAUGGAGAUGGAGUAUAAGGUAGAGCUGUUUAACAGGCUUGCUAUGGCAUGUUUCAACAAGUGUGUUGAUAAGAGGUACAAGGAACCUGAGCUAACUAUGGGUGAAAAUAGUUGCAUUGAUCGCUGUGUUUCAAAAUAUUUUCUGGUGAAUGGUAUAAUUGGCCAGAUGCUCAGCGCAGGUCAGCGUCCAAUGUGAAAUUCGUAUUUGUUGUAAUUUGGAAAUUUUCUAAAUGAAAAUAUGGUGUUAAGUAGGGAUGGGAAGGAGACUGAAACUGUGUAUUUUUUUUUUUUUAAUGUUCUAUUUGCCUCUAAUCCGUGAUGUCAUUCUGUUGUGCUCCAUAAUUAGCAACAUUUUUGCUGCUUUAAUAAAAUUUUUAACCCUAGUAAUUUUUCUUUA